GGCUCAAUGAUUCCAUUCUUCUUCGUGCCUUCGUGCUCAGCGGGCCUCGAUGGCGCAUACAAACGGCAGCUACUCCAUCAACGCCGCGCCGUCAGACCAGAGCGAAGACGAUGAGCCGCUCCUCCGCGAAGUUACAACUCCCCCGCUAUGCUGCUCGGCCCGCUUGAACCUGGCCGUCCUGAUGUUCCUGGGCAUCGCCGUGGUCUACGGCCUGCGUGUCAACCUCAGCGUGGCCAUGGUUGCCAUGGUGAACACCAGCCAGCCGGUCCCGGGGCUCAACGGCUCCACGGUCCACACGUGUCCGCUCCCCAGCGGCUGGGACAACACCAGUCAGACCUUUGAGCAGCCUGAAGGGACGCCGCAGUACCCGUGGGACACGGAGACUCAGGGCUGGCUGCUAGGGGCCUUCUUCUUCGGCUACCUGUGCACGCAAAUCCUGGGGGGCUACCUGUCGGGGCGCUACGGCGGGAGGAUCUUCCUUGGUUUGGGGGUGCUAGGCACGGCAGCACUCACGCUCCUCACGCCUCUGGCCGCCAAAUGGGGACCCUACUGGCUCUUUGCCCUGCGAGCGCUCGAGGGAGUGGGCGAGGGCGUGACGUUCCCGGCCAUGAUGGCCAUGUGGGCCCACUGGGCGCCACCCCUGGAGCGCUCUCGCCUGUUGUCGAUUUCGGGGAACGGCGCCAACUUUGGCGCCUUUUUGGCUAUGCCGCUCACCGGGUACAUCUGCCAAGCACUGGGCUGGCCCGCCGUCUUCUACAUCUGUGGGGGCGCCGGUUGCCUCUGGGCUGUCCUUUGGUUCCUCCUCGCGUCGGACGACCCCAGCACCCAUCGGCGAAUUAGCAAAGAGGAGCGAGAUUACAUCAUCAGCUCCAUCAGACAUCAGGGUAGCAGUCACGGCUGGUCCGUGCCCGUGCUGAGCAUGCUGACAUCGGUGCCGCUGUGGGCCAUCAUCAUCACACAGAUGUGCUACAACUGGUCCUUCUACACGCAGUUCACCUCCCUGCCCACCUACUUGAGCAACAUCCUGCACUUUGACCUCAAGUCGAACGGCUUUGUUUCAGCUCUGCCCUACCUGGCGGCGUGGCUGUGCGCCACAUUGUCAGGCUUCUUGGCCGACAGCCUCAUCGAGAGGAAAGUCUUUAGCGUCACUACCGUACGCAAACUCUUCACGCUCACAGGCAUGCUGUUUCCUGCCGGCUUCCUCCUCGCAGUGGCCUACUCGGGCUGCAGCCACGCGCUCACCAUCGUCUUCUUCACGCUCACGUCGGCCACCGGCGGCACCAGCGGGGCUGGGGUCUACAUGAACCAGAUCGACAUCGCCCCGAGGUAUGCUGGCUUUCUCCUGGGAAUCACCAACACGUUCGGGACCAUCCCCGGAGUCAUUGCCCCCAUCGCGACAGGAUACUUUACUCAUGAUCACACCCUUGAAGGCUGGAGGAAAGUCUUCUGGGUUUGCGCCGGCGUCAAUGUGUGCGCCGCUGUCUUCUACACGCUGUUGGGAAGCGGCGAGGUCCAACCGUGGGCCAUCCCGGAGGAGGAAAGUGACGUGGACGAGGGGAAGGGGACCACCAGGUCCGUGUCUACUUAAUUGGAGGAAAUUCCGCACUUAAAUAGCAGCGGUUCCAUUUCGGAUCACACUUAAAGGUAAUUCUUUCGAGGACCAGUUUUGAAAUGGUUUUGACCAAAUUAAGCACGUUUUACAUACCAAAAAAAACCACCACAAGCCUUAUUUUUUUUAAACAUAUGGUUUUAUGGCAAUGUUUUUUAUGAAAUUAUUAUAAAAUGUAUGUACUGUACUGUAUUUGUACAAUGUUAUUACAAAAAGGUCUUUAAUGGCGAUAAUUUAUUUUACGAUAAACACUUGGACUCUC